AGUUAAAAUAGCUGAAUGGGGCUUUCUGAGCCACCCACAAAGUUGAGGGAUUUUUUUCUAAAUUUAACCCUUUUCCUUGUUCCAUCUCCACCGAAGUCCAGAAACAUAAAGAUCCCAACUUUGACGGAGACGAAGAAAGAGAAUCAAAAUGGGGAAGCCACUGCGCCAACGGGAGAGUUCUUCAGGAGGAGAGACGAGUGGAGGAAGCACCCAUCCGCUCACCAGCAACCUCGCCCAUGCGACGCCGGGCUCGGCAUCGCCCUCGUCGCCUUCGGCUCUACCUCGUCGCGAGGCCGCCUACAACCGCAUGAACCCUCAGAUCCCGUUCCAACCACUGAGGAUCGAAAUCCCUCGUUGAAGCAGCUGAACCUCAGGGUGUAGCUGAAAGAGUACAUACUCUUUUUGCGAGUAUUGUUCUCUCGGUUGUUCCCUAAAAAGAGCAUGUUUCUUGGAUCUCACCUGCUUGGGUUGCAGAUGUAGUUUGUAUGAAUAGAUUGUGGCCUAAUCAAGUUUGUGCGCAAAAUUAAGCAUAAUUGCCUAACCAGGGGCAUAAUAAUUAGCCUGAGACAAAGUGAUUUUCUAUUUAUGCGAGCUGAUCAUUUUCAUAUUAUCUAAUACUUGAGCGUAGUCACAGCCAUUGUGUACGUGUCCAGUUGAGUUAUGUAAGACUCGUUAAGCGUCCUGAUAAUUUUCUGCUGUUUUAUAGUUGUGCUAUCA